GGGCGGCCCACGAAGGAUGGCGAGGCCUGGGUUUGAAUGAAGUCGUUCGUCCCCGGUUUUCAGACUUCGAUGUGUAAGAAGGCCGCCUUCCCAUCCGCCAACAAUCUGUUUGGGUAAGGGUAGAUAAGAAAACCUAAGAAGAUCAUGGGAACAGAAGAAGAGCAGAAGGGAAAGCAAGCAAAUGAGCAGCCAAGGUCUCAUCCCAUAACAGAGACAGAGUUCCUCACCUGGAAACGCCGAAAGGAUGCAGAUGCCUCAGCUAGAAAAGCUGAAGCAGCUAGGAAACGUGCAGAAGAUAUAGCUGCCGGGACGGUGCAAAUGAAUGGGCGGGAGCUGUUCUUGCAUGAGCCUUGGGUGUUUGAUAGCUCUCAAUACUGAAGGUCCCUAAGCUGAAACUGUUGUGGUUGUGACACCAAAACAGAAGAAUAUUAUUGAUCUUUUAUGAGAAAAGAGCUGUUUGUUUUGCUGAUAUCAGUUACAUGAUAGUCUAUAAAUUAAUUGAUUUGUCUUCCUCUUGCUUGUAUAAAUUAUCAAUUGAGUUAUUCAACACUAGUUGUUUAAUGACAUGAUCAACCUGGUGGUAAGCUAUAUGAUUUGAUAUCUUCCCUUGGAA